CAGAUAAUGUUACAAAUCAAGUGCUAAUUAACUUCACUAAAAAGUUAAUCGAAAAAAAUAAUAAGGAAGUUUUAAAUAAUGAUGGUGAUACGAAAAUACAUGGUUGUUCAGAUGACAGUACCAGGAAUUCACUGGAUAUUCUGCAUAUGGAGAUAAAAUAUUUGAGAGAACUUCAAAUUCAGAAAGAAUUAAUAAUCGCAAAUCAAGCCAUAGCGAUUGAAGCAUUACAGAAUCACAAUAAAUUUCUAAUGAAUAAUCAUUCUUCCUCGAAAAAAAAUGUCAUCCAGGUACAUGAUGAUAAAAAUGUAGACAAUUCCAACGAUGAAAACAAACAGUAUAAACAUGUGAGUAAAAUACAGCACAGCAGUACUAAACCUGUUGUCAGAUCACAAGAUCGGAAUAUGAAAUCAACUGGUGGAGGUACAUCCAUAAGGCGUUCCGUAACUGAUGAGCCAUGUGGGUUAACCGUAACUAGAAAUCAAAAUAAAAAUAAUGAUGAUCAUCUGUUUACUGUACGUCAGUUGAAUGAAGCGAUAGAGAAUGCACAAGAAGUGAAUGCAAGAAAUGCAAUCAUCCACUCUAAUAUCGCAUUACCUGUCGAUAUUGAAAAAUCUACACCAUCGAAAAAUGAAUGGACAGACGUCAAUUACAAAAAACCAAAGCGAAAGUCAAAAAGUACUUUGGUUGUUGGAAGUUGCUCAGGUGAUUCAACGGUGGAAGGUAUAGAGAAGAUGAAAUUUCUACACGUAUCAAACCUCAAACCGGACACCACGGCAGAUAAUCUACUUAAAUUUCUGAACAGAAAUUUUUCAAAUCAAGUAAAAUGUGAACCACUGAAAUCACGAUUUCCAGAAAGCUAUUCCUCUUUCAAAGUUACUAUUCUAGAUAGUGAAUACGAUAAAGCCCUUGUUCCAACUAAUUGGCCCAAUCGUGCAAAUGUCCGUGUUUUUUUUCAUCGGAGACCGAUGAAACAAGAUCAACAGUUAAAUUGAAGAUACUACAAAUAAACAUUCAGUGUAUCUCAAAUAAACUCAGCAGUCUUCAGGUGCUUCUAGCGACAGAGAGUCCCGAUAUUGUCAGUGUUGUGGAGCAUUGGUGUUCUGAGGAUAACAUCAGCCUAAUGGUUAUUCCAGGAUACGUACAGGUUUCGUGUUUUUGUCGUGUGUUACACAAGGACGGAGGCUGUGUUGUUUAUGUGAAAAGUGAAUUACAAGCCUCUGAUCUUAAUUUCUCCCGAUUAUCCUUGGAAAUGGAUUGUGAGGUGUGUGGAGUGAAGGUUAACGCUGGAGACCUCAAAAUAGGAAUUCUAAGUAUCUACAGGCCGCCAUCAGGCGAUCUCAAGUUAUUUUUAGAAAGGAUUUUCUAUGUUGUACAACAAUGUCUGGAAAAAUGCAAAAUUUUGUUCAUAUGUGGAGACCUGAACAUUAAUUUUGUUAAAAUGAAUUCUCGGUCAAAAUGCCUUUUCCAGGACUUUCUUGAUUGUUUUGAUUUGCACAUCACAUCGCUCGAACCAACUAGGGUAUUCACUGACAGUAAAGGGAAAACAACUAGUUCAACUGUGGACUAUAUUUUGACUAAUGCACAAAAAAAUUCUUGUAAAACCACAGUAUAUGAGGCAAAUCUUGCUGAUCAUAAAGUUUUAUCGCUUGAAUAUUGUACUGCUAUUUCCUUUAAAACGGUAGUUAAUGACAAGC